AUGAAAAUUUUAGUAUAUAUUGAUGAUAGUCCAGCUUCUUUUUCGGCUUUCUAUAAAGCAAUGGAAAUAGUUCAGCCUGAAGACUGGAUUAUUCUCGUUGGGAAAGCUCACUAUGGAAGAGGAAUAGGUCAUCUUUCAAGUGAAAGUAUGAGAUUCUUUUCAAGAGUUAUGGAUAAGAGAAAGAUCAGACAUUUAUAUUUUUUGGAAUAUGGAAAAACCAAAGAUACUUUAAGAUCAAAGAUAGGACAAUUUAGAAUUGAUCUAGCUUUAAUAAAUCCAUACAAUUCUAAAACUAAAAAAUUGUAUGACUUUUUAAAUAAUCAAAAGAUUAAAACAAUAUCAGUAAGUGAAUAUACACCUUCGGAUCAAUCAUUAAUUCCACGGCCAAUUGAUAAACAUGCACCAAUUCCAGGAGAAGGAUACCGUAAGACAAUGAUGGCGGAAUCUGGUUCUGCCAUCCCCAUUCACGUUCCUUCGCUUACCAAUAGCGGGGAAUACCUCCAAUCUGGUGAGGUACAACAACAUGAGAGUAAGGCAAGUCUACCAUUGAUGGCAUCCAAAUCAGCAUAUGAACUAUCAGAUCCAUCUAGAAGAUCUCAAGUUAGUGUAAGCAGCAGCAGUUCCAAUAAGAUUGAACCGCCAAUGCACAAGAGACCACUUUCACAAUCGACCUCUGGAUACCAUAUAAGUAAUGAUCCAGAGAUUGAAAAUCAACCAACCGAGUAUAAUUAUAGACAAACAAUGCCAGCCAAACACUCUCAAUCCUAUGUCUAUCCAAAUCUCCACAACUCCUCAUCUAUGAUACACACCAACGAACAACAACAACAACCAGCGAUCUACCCAGCAGAUCAAUUCUACAAACCACCAACUAAAAAGAAUCAAACAGUAACAUUUGCUUCAUCUCCCCAACAAACAAUCAUUUCAAAAUAA